UCCUUUCCCUUCGUUUAUUGUACUGAGACCAAAGGAAGUUAGAGGGAUCUUUGUAAGUUGGGCAGCUGAACUGCCGGUUCCGCUUUGUGAUUAGGCACAAGUGAUACAUGAAGUGUCGUCGUAUAAUACAUUAUUACUACGCCAAAGAACUUGGAUCCAAUGUUCAGUGCGGUUGGUGUAGCGUCGCAACCGGAUCUCCGGCCGGUGCGCGGGCAGAGGAAGCGCGCAAGACUUCCGGCCGCGGCCGCGGGAGCCGCCCGCCGUCACGCGCCGCGGCGCCCGCGCAUCGCGACUCGCCGGCCGGCUUUCACGAUCCGACGCCCUCACGACUAUUUUAAUUGACGUGCUAUACACGAGAUCGAAGAUAGUUAUUCCUGAAAAUGCUUCAUAUUAUUUAAGAACUAAUCAUUACCACUAAAAUUAAUGGAAUCGUCGCCCGAAAGAGAUAGUCCUACUACGGGCACACUGCCGCCUGUAAUUUGUGCCAAUUUACGAGAAAAGAUACUUCCUGAAGAGAUACCAGCCAUCGAAAUUACCAAAGUUCGCAAAGAAAAAUCAAGAGCUGAUGUUCUGGAGCCAGUGUCAGCAAUACCGACACCAGUUCCUUCCCACCCCUUGACGCUAGCGUGGUCUCCUCAAGAGUUGCUCUUCGAAAUCAAUGAAGAAGCGGUCGUCCAAAGGUUAUGGAUUUGGAAUAGCUGUUUGCGUUCAAUAUACAUCCACUGCUGCGAGCUGUGGGAUGAAACAGCGUACCUCGGAGCGCGGUGGCGUUGCUACCCACAAACCAGGUUCCUCCUGGCGCCAGGUCUGACGGCCGAGCUGUUCCUUCGAGCGUCCCCUAAGGCUGUCUCGCCCAUACCCUGUGCAAAGGCAAAUUUACAGCUGGCAGCGGCGCAUAAGCGCGACCACGUCACUGGAUACUUUGCAGUCCCUGUCAAUGUGAAGUUUCUAAACCACAUCCCAUAUUCGGGAGAAGGUGGCGAAGGAUGAAUAUUUUAAUAUUUUUGAUUGGUUUUUAGCUUUUGAAAUAAAGUUGUACAACUU